AUGUGCUCUAUAGUCAUGCUUCAUCAGUGGAGUCUGGCUGUGUUCUUGCUGUGCUCCCCGGUGACUCUUGAUGGGAGACCAGUUGAUGCACUUAGUAGCAGAACGAGGAGGUCAGUGAGCCACGCCCAGCUGAUGCACGACAAAGGCCGCUCCUUGCAGGAGUUCAAGCGCCGCAUGUGGCUGCAGGAGCUGCUGGAGGAGGUGCACACUGCCGAUGAACGAGCGAUGAGCAGAACCCAGAGCCAAACCUUUAGUGGGAAUGUGCUGCAUGAGAAGCCCCCGGGGGCCACCAAGAACCUCCCCGACAGGUUCAGGCUGGACAGAGAGGGCCCUAACCUGCCCCAGGAGACCAACAAGGCUCUGGCUUAUAAGGACCAGCCACUAAAAGUGGCCACCAAAAGGAAAAAAAAGGUGAGGUUAGGCCGACGUAGAGAGAGCGACAAGAAGCGGAGGCGGGCACGGUCUGUAACAACAAGAGAGCCGUGA